GUUAAGGCGCGGUAAACUCAGCUGAUUCGAUUUUUAGCAGUUUUAGUAACAAGCCUGUUGCUAAGCUAGCUAACUUUUGACACUUAGUUUUUUUGUUUUGUUUUGUUUUGUUUUGUUUUGUAAUACCUUACACAGGACUAACGAAUCUGGAUGAUGGUGAUACGCUGCAUGGAUCAUGGCAUCUGUAGACGGUGUCCAAUCCCCGGAGUCGACCGUCACUUCGUUGCUAGCCAGUUCAGGACGCCUGAGAAGCUCUUUGCAGCCCGAGCCACUUCACAGUAUCAAAUACAAAGACAGGCAUUAUGAGUCAGCCUCUGAUGCUCUGAACGCUUACAUCGCUGAUUUUCAGUCCUCUGUGUCCUCAGUGGGGCAGCUGGAGCUUCCGAAGGAACAGAACACACCCCGCCUGCUGCGCUCAGGAUAUCGAAACAGAGAUGGUGGAGUAGAUUACUGAAUCUCACAUGAAACUACUAAAAGAAAGCCUUACAGACCAAGAAUUGGACAUUUUGAAUCUUCCUACUGCUUCAAAACGCAGAGAAUCAGACCACAUCAGCAUGACCACCGAUGAUCUGCUGCUACUUCCUGUUGACGGUUCCCUUCCUGUGACCCGCACUUCAGCAUUUCUCUCCCAAUUAGAAGGUUCCAGGCUAGGGCACAGCACUAACUUGAGCGCCUGGUCUCGAUCCAAGCCAGCUGAAGCCCCAAAUAAGUCAUCAGAUUGUUGUUCUGCAUCAAGAACUCUGUGUGUGGAUGAUUUACUGAUGAGAAGUUUGAAAUUUAAGCAUGCAUCUCUGCACUCCAACUCUUUUAUGUCCACCAAAGCAAAUAAACGACGCUCCGUUUCAUCCCAUCACCUUCCAAGAUGGAUGACCAGUCGCAAGUCAGAGAUGGAAUUUUCUGGUUUGACUAGCAUUCCUGAUUUGAAAUACCCGGCCUGGUUGGAGGAAUGUGACGUUAAUCUUAGGGCUCAGAAUGUUCCAGCGUGGGUCAACAAGCUGGAGGUGAAGACUGAUGAAAGUCACGAGGAGCUGAAAGGUCAAGAGAACCUCAUAGGUCAAACUGGUGAUAAUGGAGAACCUUUUAGAGGUGAUAAGAUUGGCUCACUUAUUCAAAGGGCUGAGGAUGUGCUGAAGUCCCCUUCUUUAGGUUUCUGUUCAGAUAAAGAGCAGCAUGGCAGUCCAGGAAACACAGAGGAGCUUUUGGAGGCUGAGCGCUCAUGGGACCAUCUUCCAGUAACAUUUAAGUCUCCAGUACCAGUAGGCGGCACUGACGAACAAAUAACCGCUGAUGAAUCUCAGACAGACACAAAACAGAAGUCUUUAGGUUCAUUCUCUUCAGGCUACAGCAGCAGGAAACACCCUGGUCCAGUCGAAGCCCUCAAACAGAUGCUGUUUAGCCUCCAGGCUGUGGAGCAGAGAGUAACACAUCAAGAAGACGAAAUACAAAACACUUCCAGCAGACCUGUCUCAAGUCCACGAAUACAGACAGAGAACCAUGACAAUGAUGAGGUUCCUCAACCAGGUAUUGAAGAUUAUGAUUUAGCGCCUGGUGGACAAUCGUUAAAAAGAGCUCUGCACCACCUUGGAAGACUGAAAAACCUCGUGGAUGAAAUGAACGAGAGAAGGUCUAUAGAAUGGAAGGAGGGUGGUGUGUAGCACUGAUGUCUUAUGAUUCCUCAGGGAAUAUCAAAAUAAAUGUUUCUAUAUGUGCUUCACAUUAAAUCUGAUAUCAUUA